UGCGGCGAGUCGGCGCGGCCGCCUGCCCAGGGAGAGGAAGUGAGCGGCGAACAGCGCCCUUCCCCCGCCCAGCGCGGCCAGGAGAGGCCUUUGCGGCUUGGACUCUCGCUCCCCUCCCCAGCCCGUAGUUCGUGCCGUGCCCUGUGCGGGGAAGAUGGCGGCUGAGGAGGCUGCAGUGGCAGCGCUGGCCCGGCUGCCCCCCGAACAGGGGGAGGCGGAGGAGGAGGAGGAGGAGGCCGGAGAGAUCAAUGGUGUGGUUGUGUCUGGAAAAAUGGAUAACAACAAACUAGAUGUGUAUAUGUCUGAAGCAGAAAUGAAAAACAAAGAGGAAAGAACUGAACAAGAAUCUAUAAGGGAGACUGAUAGUACUAUUUUGGAUGCCUCAUCUGAUUCUCCAAGAGAGAAACAUAUUUCAAUUCAAAGACAGCUUGCUGAUCUAGAGAAACUAGCUGACCUGAGUGAAGGUGAGUUUACAUCGACUGUAUCCCAGAACACAGAUCAACAUGUUGCAGCUGGAAAGAAACCUUGUCCACUGUGUCCUGAAGAGAAAUUCAAAGCUUGCUAUAGUCAUAAGCUCCAUCGCCACCUUCAGAAUUUGCAUUGGAAGGUUUCUGUUGAAUUUGAAGGAUACAGAAUGUGCAUCUGUCACUUACCUUGUCGCCCAGUGAAGCCAAACCUCAUUGGAGACCAGAGCUCUACGAAGCUGGGAGCCCAUUAUCACUGCAUCAUCUGUUCUGCAACCAUUACACGAAGAACUGACAUGAUAGGGCAUAUUAAGCGCCACGUGAACAAAGGAGAAACUGAGUCCAGGUAUAUUGCAGCCCCUGCUCCUAAGUCUUCUCAUGAAGUGCUGAAAGAGGCAGACACAGAUGUACAAGUUCUUCCUAACUACUCCACACCUCAGAAAUCAGAUUCCUAUUUUAAUCCCAAAAUGAAACUCAACAGGCAACUGAUAUUCUGUGCAUUAGCUGUUUUGGCUGAAGAACGGAACCCGUUAGAAUGUUUGGAUGCAUUUGGGGCCACCGGUAUAAUGGGAUUACAGUGGGCAAAGCACCUUGGAAAUUCUGUGAAGGUUACGAUUAAUGAUUUCAAUGAAAAUUCCGUGACAAUGAUUCAGGAGAACUGCCAUUUAAACAAGAUGAAGGUGAUGAUGAACACUAAGGAAGAGGAUGACUGUGAUGAAACUAUGGAAGAAGGAGAGGAAAAUGUAGGCAUUAUUGAUGUGACAAAAAUGGAUGCCAAUGUCAUAAUGCACUUGAGAUCCUUCGAUUUUAUACACCUGGACCCAUUUGGAACAGCUGUGAACUACCUGGAUUCUGCAUUCAGAAAUGUAAGAAAUCUUGGAAUAGUAUCAGUGACAUCCACAGACAUCAGUUCUCUGUAUGCAAAAGCUCAGCAUGUGGCCCAGCGCCACUACGGCUGUAACGUUGUCAGAACGGAGUACUACAAGGAACUGGCAGCUAGAAUAGUAGUUGCUGCUGUGGCAAGAGCUGCAGCUCGAUGUAAUAAAGGCAUUGAAGUUUUGCUUGCAGUAGCUCUAGAACACUUUGUCCUAGUAGUGGUGAGAGUUUUGAGGGGACCAUCUCCUGCAGAUGAUUCAGUCAAGAAAAUUCGGUAUCUUAUCCACUGCCAGUGGUGUGAGGAGAGGAUUUUUCAGGAGGGUAAUAUGGUAGAAGAAAACCCUUACCGGCAACUACCUUGUGACUGCCAUGGCAGUAUGCCUGGGAAGACAGCAGUAGAACUUGGUCCUCUGUGGUCAGGGUCCCUCUUUAACACUGGAUUCCUCAGAAGAAUGCUGUUUGAAGCUGUUCAGCAUGGCUUGGAUGAGAUUCAGCCACUUGUAAAGACAUUAAUCUGUGAAGCAGAGUGUACAACUCUAAAACAGUUUUCAAUCCAUGGUCCUGCCAGCCAGAACAAACAAGAAGAAUGUGGUGUCUUUAUUAAAACACCAGAUACUGCCGCUGACUACUAUGUGGUACAAGGUAAAAGGAAAAGUAAUGAAAUGAGUAGAAACACAGCAAAAAGACAGAAGUCCGAAAGCAAUGCUGAGCACCCUGCAUUUUACUAUAAUAUCCAUAGACAUAGUAUCAAAGGAAUGAACAUGCCAAAGUUAAACAAGUUCUUACAGUAUCUGUCCCAAGCUGGGUAUAGAGUAAGCCGAACCCAUUUUGAUCCCAUGGGAGUUCGCACAAAUGCACCGUUGGCACAGUUUAAAUCUAUCCUUGUGAAGUACAGCACUCCCACGUACACUGGGGGACAGGCAGAAGGCCCUCUCCAGUCCACUGAAGAUGCCCAGGCAGAAGACAAUGUCCAAGCUGCUGUAGCUGACAAGUCAGGAGACAUGGAGUUUACAGAAGAUGAUAAAUCAGAAGGCAUUCUCACAUUCACAAAAGACAGCUAUAACGAUAACUUUACUGCUGCUGAAUGCAAAUAAUGUGUUAAUUUGAGAUUUGCAACUAAGCCACUGUAAACCAAUGUUACUCAUGUAAACCAAUCUACAGAACUGGUUUUGAAAGCUUGGGUUGCCAGUUAUUUUAAUGCGUGGGAGACAUUUUAGAAUUACACAGAAGAACUUGUAAUUGAUCACAAUACAUAUGGUCAAGUUACAAUUAGAGUGGAGAAAGAAACUGUAGAGGGUAUUGACUUUUAUGCUCUUGUCUUUCUUUUAAACACUGGCAUUUUGUGACUACCCGCAGCUCUUCGAAAAGCCUUAUUCAAACUCCUAGUGCAAUUUCCAGUACAGUGGAUAAGCGAUGGGGCCAGAAGUCUUAAGCAUUUCCAUAAGUGUUGCUAGAGCAUAACCUAAGUAUGAAAUGGGCCAUCAUGCCUGCAGCUUGAUUGGUUAGAGUUUAGCAAUAGGUCAAGUCUGUAAGAAACCAAAAAUGUUGCACUAUAAAAUGUGGUAUUAAAUUUAAGCAAGCCAGAACAUUUUAAAUAGGUAGUAAACUUAACUUUUACCUAAAAGCAAAGACCUAAAUGCAAGUGGAUCGGGAAUGAAAUUAAACUUUUUGCUAUUUGAUUUUUUAUCUUUAGCGCUAUAUAGCUAUAUAUUUCAAGUGAAUUAGCUACUUUGAACAAAAUAACAAUUACCUGCUGGUAAUGAAGGAGAAAGCUGGUAAGCUAUUGGGUAGAGAGGACUGAGUGGCAAAGAAUUAAUUCACCAGGAUUUAACUCAUCCUGCAUUUAAAUUGUCACUGGUACUAUUUGAUGAUUAAGUCAAUACAGCUGAACUCUAGUCAGUUAGCUGGCAGUUAUCUAAUUUAACCUGCUUGUGAGAUUCCUUUUACAAGUCAGUGAUUAAAUUUGUACAUAAACAGGUUAUUUUCACUAUUAGAACCAUCUCUUGUAGUACAGGUUGAAAAAACAUUUAAUAAAUAGUCAUUUUUUUUUAUAUUUUCCUUUUAAAAUACAUAUAUGGUAUUACUUCAGCCAUAAAAUCA